UCUAAUGAUUGUGAGUCUCAGGUUGAUUAUAAGUCUGCCCUUGCCGAACUUAAAGUGAAGCUAAAAGAUAUUGCUCCACUCAGUCAGUUGGAAAGCACGCAGAAGGAACUGAACGGAGCACUUAGCAAGUAUCCGAAGCAUCUUGAGAAAUUCUUCAAUCCUGAUAUAUCCAAGGCUUAUAGAAACAUUGACUUUGAUACACACACAGUUAACGAGAUAAUUGGCAGCCAUUUCUAUCGACAAGGCCUAUUCGAAAUUGGCGACUGUUUUAGAACUGAGGCUAAGGAACCAGAAUCUGAAGCUGCUGUGAAAUCUCAGUUUCAGGAAAUGUUUCAGAUAGUUGAAGCAAUGAAACAUCGGAACCUAGAGCCAGCACUGAACUGGGCCAUGACUAACUCUGAUAAACUCAAACCAAAUGGAUCGGACCUAUUACUGAAACUUCACAGUCUGCAAUUUGUGGAAAUACUGCAAAAGGGAAACAGAGAUGGAGCUCUCCAGUAUGCCAGAACUUAUCUUGCUCCUUUUGCUUCUGACCAUAUGGCUGAAAUUCAAAAGCUGAUGGUGUGUCUUCUGUGGACCGGAAGGCUUCAUCGCUCCCCAUACUCUCACUUAUUAUCUCCAGCCAAUUGGGACAAAGUGACUGGGGAGUUAACCAGGCAGUUCUGCAAUCUUCUGGGGCAGUCUUAUGAGAGCCCAUUGAGUGUAACUAUAGCGGCAGGGAUUCAGGGGUUGCCACCUCUUCUCAAAUUUAUGAACGUAAUGGCAGGAAAGAGACAGGAAUGGCAGUCUAUGAAGCAGUUACCUGUGCCAGUGGAGUUAGACCGUGAGUUUCAAUUCCAUUCUAUAUUUGUGUGUCCAGUGUCUAAGGAACAAUCCACUGAAGAAAAUCCGCCUAUGUUGAUGUCAUGUGGACAUGUGCUUUGCAAGCAGUCUAUUACGAAGAUGUCAAAGAACGGCACAAAAUCCUUCAAGUGUCCAUAUUGUCCUUCUGAUGUC